GAUUCAACCUUAUGUUUCAAAACCCCAGCGCAUCCAUUUGAGCCAGCAAGGACAAUUAAUCGAUACAGGUUUAUAUUUACUUGAGAUACUUGGCGUUAAUCGUGAUUUCCAUUCCUCAGAUUCUUUCGAAAUGUCCUCACAAAUAGAGACCGUCUCUGCCUUUGUAGAAGGAGCUCCACCAGGAGAGCUCGCAGAUGUCAUAGCUGAUAUCAAGGCUUUGACCAUCGACACACCAAAUCUUGUCUCGGAACUCGGUCCUGCAUUCGAGAAAUAUAACGAGGAACAAUUUGCUACAGUCAAACUUCCCGGAAGCAGUCAAAAUGUUAUAAUUAGUUCGUAUAAUUCUCUGGGGGAUGGAAGAUACUACGAUAUCGAGACUUCAUCUAGUUUUCUUUUCGAUCACACUACGCAGAAAGCGAGUGCGGUGCAAAGUUAUGUCCUAGAGGGCAGUCAAGCAGAUCUUGUUAAGUCGAUCCUUAAGAGCUUGGGUCCGCAUGUAGCAGAGCACUUUCCAAAUGCAUCAUACGGCGCUUUUCCCAUUGAAGACGAUUCGAAGAUCGCAAUACUUGUUGUUGCUAAUAAAUACAGCCCAAACAACUUCUGGAACGGUCGCUGGCGCUCCCUUUAUAUCUAUGAAACCUUGAAUUCCUCUCUCACCGGCAGCAUCAAGGUCGAUGUUCACUACUACGAAGAUGGAAAUGUUCGACUUCUUACUACCAAACCUAUCUCGGCAACAGCGUUGUCAUCAGCUAGCAGCAUCGUACGAGAAAUUGCCGGCGCUGAAAAGAAAUAUCAGGAAGAGAUCAAUAAAGGGUUCAAUAGCUUGAGCGAAGGAGCAUUUAAGGGAUUAAGAAGACAAUUGCCCAUUACCAGACAAAAGAUUGAAUGGGAUAAGAUCGCAGGUUACAGAUUAGGACAAGAUAUUGGUGGUGGAAGUUCAAGAAGAUAGAUAUGAGAUGCGAGUUGAGAGGAGAUAAUAAAGCAGGUGAGGUGGGGACAGAUAUGAUUUGAUUGUUAGCAAAAGAGCAUCCGAUGACAAGUUCAAUGGAAACUUUUCCGAAUUGGGAUAUAAAAUUGUAGAGUGGAUUGAUUGCGUUCAUGUGGAGUGGAAUUUAGAACCAUGGUCUGUCGAGCGUCUUUUCAGUACUCUACGCCCUGCAUCACCCAGUCUUCUCUUCUCUUCCUUUCACCAAACUUCAACAUGGGGAUCCGCGGAACGGAUACCAAGACAGCCGUCCAUAGAUGAUACUCGAGUGACAAGGGAAGAAUCAAAUAUCGAAUGUACAGUCAUCUACUCUGAUCUCCACGGAAGCUCGGAAUUCGUUACUCUCCUCCAAAUAUGCUUUCUAGAAUACUCCA